AUGCCGUUCGUCACCGGCUUCAAAGUCGCAACCAUUCCCUCUCCAUCAUCCCUCGAUAAUCCCUCCUCUGCUCCUGGCGUUGCCCCUACUACAAUUCAAACCCGCCUCGAACACGCCUAUUCGACCCGAGGAGGGAGUGCUGCUGCCUCUCUGUUAGACGACCCAGACCCGGCACCACGACAGCAGUAUCAACGCGACACUACCGCAAAUACGAGUGAGCAAUUCGAGCUUGUUGAUUACCCUCCCAUCCAGGCUCGACGAGACGCUGCAGAUCGCGAAGCUAGAAGAAAAGCGAAACGAGACGAAAAGCGUCGCUGGCUUCAAGAACAAGACGAGAUGAAGUUCUCACACAGUAUCCAGUUCAAUGCUGUUCCCGAUUGGAGCAGCCAUUACAUUGCUUACAGCAACCUCAAGAAGCUGAUUUAUCAUCUUGAAAAGACCGCCCAUCAAGCUCGCGGAAGUACUGGUGACGCCGAGUCACGACCUCUUAUCAACCAAGAAGAUGCCGAAGAAGUUUUCUCUAGGGCCCUGGGCGUCGAGCUGGAAAAGAUUUGCUCGUUCUAUGUCUCCAAGGAAGGCGAGCUUCUCGAAGAGGCUACACAACUCUUACGCGACGUUGGUGACGAGGCAGAAGAUGCUAUCGCUGACAAUCGCUACCUGCGCCGACUCUCUGUAUCGUCUGCCAAUAAUCGAGGUCGAAACGGUAUCCGCUCGAGAAGCCCGAGAAGUCGUAGCAGCGACAACGAAGAGAGCGGUAGUGAGGAAGAAGAUGAGACUACUGGUCUGACAACAAGGCGACGAAGCAGUGGAGGCAGAAGGCGAACCCUCCCCGUCAUAAAUAAGCCGCGCUCUGAGGAUAUGAAUGCCUCCACCGAUUUGGGCCGAGAUAUGAGGAGGCUCAGCACUGCUGGGGAUGAAAAUGAGGAAAACCUCAUGUUCUCCUCAGGCAUGUUUUCAUCGGCCAUUAUGCUCAAGAAGCGCAUUAUUGGCCUAUACGUAUCGCUCUGCGAGCUCAAAUCAUUCAUCCAACUCAACCGGACCGGUUUCACCAAGGUACUGAAGAAGUUUGACAAGAUUCUCGACAAGGAGUUGAAGGGGCCAUACCUAAGAGCCCACGUCGAGACUGCCUACCCGUUUAAGGACGAAACUAAGCGCGUGCUUGAGGAGAACAUCGCCAAGAUGGAGAAGGCCUUCGCUGAGAUUGUCACGGGCGGAGAUGAAGCGCUGGCCCGCAAGGAUCUUCGUUCGCAUCUUAGAGAACACGUUGUCUGGGAGCGCAAUACCGUCUGGCGAGAUCUUAUUGGCAUUGAGCGAAGAGCCGAGGCGGCUGGCUUGGGGCAGGCGCUUCUCGGUCAAGAAAGAGGCAAUGUGACAAGGAGGUUGCAGGGCGACGAGGCCAAGGGAGCUCAGGUCACGCAGAUCCGCACGCCUUUCGGGAAGAUCGCUUUGCCUCCAUGGCUUGCCAGUACUUCUCUUUGGACACUGAUUGCAUGUUUAACCGUGUUUGCCCUGCUGCUCUUGCUCCCUAUCAUGGAGAAGCCCGAGCAGCAGAACUGUCUGGCAAUGCUUGUUUUUGUCAGUCUAUUAUGGGCCACCGAGACCAUCCCUCUCUUCGUGACUUCGCUACUGAUUCCUUUCCUCUCUGUGGUCUUGAACGUGGUGCGCGAUGAGACCCCUGGCAAGCCUCAGAAGCGUCUUGGCUCCAAAGAAGCUACUUCCGCUAUCUUCGCUGCUAUGUGGACGCCUGUCAUCAUGCUUCUCCUCGGCGGUUUUACCCUAGCAGCGGCUUUGUCCAAAUGCACUAUUGACAAGCGACUGGCUACGCUUGUCCUUAGCAAAGCUGGAACACAGCCAAAGACUGUCCUGAUCGCCAACAUGUUCGUGGCUGCUUUUGCUUCUAUGUUGAUCAGCAAUGUUGCUGCUCCUGUCCUGUGUUAUUCUAUUAUCGAGCCCAUGCUUCGAACCCUGCCAUCUGAUUCCAACAUGUCAAAGGCGGUCAUUAUCGGCAUUGCCCUCGCUUCCAACAUCGGCGGAAUGCUGUCUCCCAUUGCAUCUCCACAGAACGUCGUGGCCAUGGGUAUCAUGCAGCCCGCACCUACGUGGCUCCAGUGGUUCUUUAUUGUCAUCCCUGUUGGAGCUGUAUCUAUCGUUCUGAUCUGGCUUCUCCUUCUCGUUACAUUCCAGCCAGGCAAGGGCACGACAAUUGCGCCCAUUCGCCCUGUCAAGGAAAAGUUCACUGCCUUGCAGUGGUUUGUCACUAUUGUCACCAUUUCUACCAUCGCCUUGUGGUGCGCCAGCCACCAACUUGAGGCUGAGUUUGGAGACAUGGGCGUCAUUGCCAUUAUUCCUAUCGUUCUCUUCUUUGGCAUCGGUCUGUUGACCAAGGAGGAUUUCAACAACUUCCCGUGGACCAUCAUCAUCCUGGCUGCUGGUGGAUUGUCCCUGGGUAAAGCUGUUCGGUCCUCUGGUCUUCUGCAUACUCUUGCCGAGAUUGUUUCCGACAAGGUGGAAGGCAUGAGUUUGUAUGGUGUGUUGGUUGUCUUCUCCACUCUAAUCUUGGUCAUCGCAACCUUUAUCAGCCACACUGUCGCUGCUCUAAUCUUCCUCCCCCUUGUCUUCGAUGUCGGUGCUGCCAUGGAUCAGCCUCACCCCAACCUCCUCGUCAUGGGUGGUGUUCUCAUGUGCAGUGCCGCUAUGGGCUUGCCCACCAGUGGUUUCCCCAAUAUGACUGCAAUCAUGAAGGAAGACCCCUUCGGUCAGCGAUAUUUGCAGGUCAAGCACUUUAUUAGCCGUGGUGUACCCAGCAGUCUCAUCACUCUUGUUGUGGUGAUAACUCUUGGGUAUGGAGUUAUGCAAGUCGCUGGACUUGACUAG